AUGAUGGCUGCGUCUGCACAGCUCUGUUUGCUGGCAUAUUUAACUCUGACUUUGGGGUUGACUUUGGGUUUGGGCCCAAACAAAAACAUGGGCUUUACGUUCCUCUUACCAGCUGGAAGCACAGAGUGUUUUUACCAAAGGACGGCAAUGAACGACAGCAUGGAAGUUGAAUACCAGGUGAUAGCAGGGUCAGGUCUGGAUGUUGGGUUUAUCCUCCUCUCACCCACCGGACAUCGGCUAGUCUCUGACUUCAGGAGGUCUGAUGGUAUCCACAUGGUGGAUCCCACAGUUGAUGGAGACUACCGGUUAUGUUUUGACAACAGCUUCAGUAAAAUAUCAGAGAAGAUGGUGUUUUUUGAGGUGGUCAUUAACAAUCAGAACAGCAAAAACGGAGGCCAAGAUGACUGGUUAGACACUGUAACUUCAGACAGCAUGGUGGACUACAAAAUGGAAGACAUCAGGGCGAGAAUGGACUCUGUGCACCGGCACCUGGAGAAAAGCCAUCAGGUCCAGGCCAUGCUGAGGGCAUUUGAGGCAAGGGACCGCUAUCUUCUGGAGGACAACUUGUGGCGAGUGUCCUUUUGGUCCUGCGUAAACCUGUCGGUCAUGCUAACUGUUGCUGUCGUUCAAAUUUACACCCUCCGACGCCUCUUUGUCAACACCAAGCAGGUCCGAACAUAA